AUGGUCUUACCUUUUAUCUUAAUCUUAACCAAAUCGACAAUGGAUAAAAUGAAUGAGUAUGGUAAAAGUUCUAGUACUUCUACUUCUACCGGCCCUACUAACGAAGAGUUAAUCAAAGCAGAAAAAUUGAGAAGGAGACAAGAGAAGAUUGCACAAUGGAAAUUGAAAAAGGAACAAGAAGAGAAAAAAAAUCAAAAUCCUGAGACCAAAACUCCUUCACCGACUAUAGAAGAGAAAAAUGAAGAUAAUGUUAAGUUAUUGAGACAGAAGAAGAUCGAGGAAUGGAAGAAAAGAAAGCAACUUGAAGGGAAAAUAGAGAAGGAACAAGUCCCUGUAAAGGCUGGAAUCAAAAUCAAGGCGUUCAUAUCUAAAAAGAACUCACCUGUAGGUAUCAAAAAACAGAGCAAACGGCCAAGUAUAUUCGGAGACGACGAUGAGGGUCCAACUCGUAAGAAAGUUAUGAAAUUUGGAUUGCUUGACCAAGAAAUAAAGUCCGAAGCGGAACAAAACACCAAAAAAAUUGGGGAUGAUAAAGAGGAAGAUGCAUUGGAUAUAUAUUUAAAGGAACUUGAAGAGAGAGAACUGCAAGAGAAUCUGUUUGCUAUCCCCACAAUUUCGAAACUCGAUGAAGGAUCCGAUCCUGAAGGAGGUGACGACGAGGCUGAUGUGGAUAAAGAUGAUGUAAACCAACUUAUAUCUUCACGCAUGGAGAAACUUCAACAGCGAGAAAAAAUUUUGGCAACUAUAGAUCAUGAUAAAAUUUCAUACAAACCAUUCCGUAAACAAUUUUAUAAGGAAUCUUCCGAGUUAUCGAAUCUUUCUCCUGAAGAAGUUGAUACAAUUCGACUCUUGUUGGACGGUAUCAAAGUGCGUGGGGUAGACUGCCCCAAACCGAUCCAAAAAUGGUCUCAAUUGGGUCUUCCGACGUCAAUCAUGGAAGUCAUUUCAGAUAAAUUACAGUAUGAAGAGCCAUCCACUAUCCAAUGUCAAGCUUUACCUGCAAUUAUGUCCGGUAGAGAUGUCAUUGGGGUGGCAAAGACAGGCUCCGGUAAAACGUUGUCGUUUGUCUUACCGAUGAUUAGACACAUUCAAGGACAGCUUCCAGAAGAUCGGGAGAAUGAUAACCCGAAUGAUGGAACACUGAAUGGUCCUGUCGGGCUUAUUAUGACGCCAACGAGAGAACUUUCCUUACAGAUUUACAAGGAAAUCACCAAUUUUUCUAAAAAAUUAAACCUUCGAGUUAGUUGUUGCUAUGGAGGUUCUCCAAUUCAAUCACAAAUUGCUGACUUGAAAAGAGGUGUUGAUAUUGUCGUAGGAACACCGGGUAGAAUUAUUGAUUUGUUGGCUGCAAAUGGUGGACGAGUCACAAAUUUGAGUAGGGUGACAUAUUUGGUCUUAGAUGAAGCAGAUCGAAUGUUUGAUAUGGGAUUUGAGCCACAAGUCAUGAAAGUGUUUGGCCAGGUUAGACCUGAUCGUCAAACAGUUCUUUUUUCUGCGACAUUUCCGCGUAAGAUGGAGCUUCUAGCAAAGCGUUUAUUGGAUAGUCCAGUGGAAGUCAUUGUUGGCGGAAGAAGUGUAGUUGCCCCAGAAAUUACUCAAAAGGUUGAAUUAUUUGAAGAAAGCGAAGAGGAAGAAUUCACAGGUAAGCUUCAACGACUCCUUGCAAUUCUCCAGAAAUACACUGCUGACGAAUCUGCUUCAAAAAUACUCAUUUUUGUAGAGAAACAAACAUCUGCUGAUGAUCUAUUGGUUAAGUUACUCAAGAAUGGAUUCCCAUGUCUAGCAAUCCAUGGUGGAAAAGAUCAAAUGGACAGAAAGCAUUCGAUCAAGGAAUUUGCAUUUGGUGCAGUAAACAUCUUAAUUGCCACUUCAAUUGCAGCACGAGGCUUGGAUGUAAAAGGGUUGAACUUGGUGAUCAAUUACGACUCCCCAAGCCAUAUGGAAGACUACGUCCAUCGUGUUGGGCGAACUGGGCGUGCUGGGAUGCAUGGUACCGCAAUCACAUUUAUAUUUGCAAACCAAGAACGCCCAAUCGCCGAUUUAGUUAAGGCCAUGAGACUUAGUCAAAUUCCAGAUACAGAAAUACCUUCUCGAUUAAUUGAGAUAAGUAAUAAAUUUAUGGAAAAGGUAAAAUCAGGAAAGGAAAAGUUUUCUUUUGGAUUUGGAGGUCAUGGAUUAGAUAAAUUACAAGAAGUGCGGGAUUCCAAGCAAAAUCUUGAGAGAAAAUCUUACGGAGAAGAAGGUACAAAGAAAUCCACCCCACCUGUUGCGUUUGCAACAAUGGGGACAGGAAGUGCAACCGGUGACCUGGGAAAUUCUAUCGAUUUCCCUGAUUUUGAAAUUAUUGAAGGUAGAGCACCUGAAACGGCUGGCCCGGAUAAAGGAAAAUUCCAUGCCAGAAUUGCUGUCAAUGACCUUCCACAAUCUGCUAGAUGGAUUCUUGUUAGCAGAGAGAAUAUUUCGAAAGUUAUUGAGAGUACAGGAACCUCUAUUACUAACAAGGGUCAAUAUUAUCCACCUAAUACAAAACUUCCAAAACCUACGAUGAAAAAUGGGAAAGAAGUUUUGCCACCUCCAAAGUUGUACUUGCUAGUUGAAGGACUCACAGAAGCUGCAGUUCAAAAUGCUAUUCUACUUCUCCGUCAAAAAAUGGUCGACGGACUUGAAGUUGCUGUGAAAGAAGAUGGUAAAUCGGGUCCAUCUGCAAGAUAUACUGUAUAA